AUGACAGACCGCUUUGCUCGCACAGAUGGGUCGACCACUGCUCCUUGUAAUACGACCGCGGGUCUAUACUGUGGCGGAACGUGGAGAGGCUUGAUCGGCCAUCUGGACUACAUCGAGGGCAUGGGCUUCGACGCAGUCAUGAUCUCCCCGAUUAUCAAGAACAUCGAGGAACGAGUACCUUACGGGGAGGCCUACCACGGCUACUGGGCCGAAGAUUUGUAUGCGCUGAACCAUCACUUUGGGACCGAGCAGGACCUCCGUGAUCUAAGCAAAGCCCUCCACGACCGCGGCAUGUAUCUCAUGAUGGAUACUGUCAUCAACAACAUGGCGUAUGUCACGAACGGCGCCGAUCCAGCAACUAGCAUCGACUAUUCGAAACUGCACCCAUUCAACGACGCAAAGUACUACCAUCCAUACUGCAAGAUCACCGACUACAACGACUACCCUCUCGCGCAAAGCUGCUGGACAGGCGACGACAUCGUCGCGCUUCCCGACCUGAAAACAGAGGACUCCACCGUCCAGCGGAUGCUCAACGACUGGGUCCAAGAGGUCAUGUCCAACUACUCGAUCGACGGCCUCCGCCUGGACGCCGCCAAGCACAUCACGCCCAGCUACCUGGCCGACUUCCAGAAGGCGGCUGACUGCCUGGUGACAGGUGAAGUGUUCGACCAGUCAGUCGACACGAUCUGCAGCUACCAGGACGACCUGACCAGCGUACCCAACUACCCGAUCUACUACGCGCUGCUGGACGCCUUCACGCUGGGCAACACGACCACGCUCCCCAACCGCGUGGAGGAGAUGAAACACAGCUGCCCGAACGUAAGCACACUGGCGACCUUCUCCGAGAACCACGAUGUCGCGCGCUUCGCAAGUCUCAAAGACGACCUCAGCCUCGCAAAGAACAUCUUAACCUUCACGCUCCUCUCCGAUGGCAUCCCAAUGAUCUACCAAGGCCAAGAACAGCACCUCAGCGGCGCACACGACCCACUCAACCGCGAAGCCCUCUGGCUGACCUCAUACGACACGCAAUCCCCACUAUACAGACACAUCGCGACGCUCAACGCCCUACGCCACCACGCCAUCCAGGUUGACCCCGCGUACAUCGACACGUUGUCGUACCCGGUGUAUCGGGGGUCAAGCGAGAUGGCCUUCCGGAAGGGCCGUGAGGGCCGCCAGGUCGUCAUCGUGCUGUCGACGCAGGGCUCCACCAGCGGCGCCUACAGCUUGCGCAUGACGAACGGCUACCAGCCCUCCGUCGUCGUCGUCGACGUCCUCACCUGCCGCUCCUACACUGUCUCGGAUAUCGGCGAGCUGGAUAUUGCUAUGGAUAAGGGCGAGCCGCGCGUGCUGUACCCGAUGGAGAUGAUGGAGGGGAGUGGGCUUUGUGGGUUUGAGCGGAGGGAUGUUUCUGAGGAGGAUUUCCGGAAGACUGAUGCGGGAGGUGCGUCGGGGUCUGGGUCGACGGCGCCUACCGAAGGGUCAGGGUCCGGGAGGAAUACUGGGUUGCCGUCGUCGGGGGCGGGUUCUGGCCAUGUUGUGGGGGAGACAUUGAGGUUGGUGGUCGGGGUUUUGGUGGCUUUGGGGAUGGUUGUCUGUGGGGUAUGA